UGCCACUCCCAACCUAGGGGCUCCACUCAACUUGUCUGCGGCCAAGCUACAUAUCGACGAGUGAUCAUAAUGCCAAGAAAAAAUCUAACACGCGCUUCCGUCAAAUUACUUCCCUCAGAGACACUAUGCAGCAUCUUCAGGUUUGCACUGGAGGACAUCAUCGAAGAUGAUAUGAAGACAACUGCUGAAGCAGAGCACCGGGUUAUAGCAGGAGGCUUGCCAUUUCCUCACACUAUGGCAUCAGUAUGCAGACAAUGGCGAGACAUCAUUUCUUCUGCACCUGAGCUCUGGACUCGUAUCUUUUGCGUGAUGCCGAAUAAGAGCAGACGUCAGACCUUGACAGAUCUGACUUCUCAGCUUCAAAAGGCGCAUGAUUAUCCAGUUCAUCUGACUAUAGUCAACAAGCACAACCAUCUCAAGCAAAAGGAAGUUCCUCGUAUCCUCAACUUCAUCGCUCUGCAUAUUGGACAGCUGAAGAGUUUGCGCAUUCGUAACUUUUAUGGCCUAUACAUCAAACAAUAUUGCGACACAUUAGCAGGACAUGCGCCCCAACUAGAGUGUUUACAAGUGACGGGCCCGAAAAUCUUGGGGUGUUGGACAACUCGCCAGCACCUACCACCACUUUUCAAACUCGACUGUCCCACCCUCAGAAUCCUUCAUAUCGAUCAUAAAGUAGCUCACAGUCUUGAUCACCAGUGGCUCAAGAACAAUUUAACAAACGUCGAGUCCUGUAACGCUAUCAUUUGGAGAUGAACUUCCGUGCUAUGGCCCUUCAUAUUCAGUACCAGACGAUGUUCCAAAAGCGCUGAAUGCAGUCCCAGGAAGAAUACCUUGCCUCAUUAUCGAUGGCUUGCA